UGGGGGUGCAAGAGAGGGAAGGGCAUGAAAGCACAAGCGAAGAGCAGUGCUGCGCCCACCACCGCCACCUGCCUAACGACGGCUUUGGGUCUGACAGUAGCCUAGGCGUACCGUCUGACCUUAGUGAGGAUAGCAUGCAGGGCGAUCACCCAGUGGAUGUGGCUAAAAUAACCCCUGAACACAAGUUCCACAAACAUUCCGCAGCUCACCACCCUUGUGCACCUAACGUGCAGGGGACGGAGAGUGAUGAGUGCAGUGACUCCGAGCGAUGACGAGGAUGAUGAGGAGGAGGAAGAGGAAGAAGAAGAGGAGGAGGAAGAGGAGAAGACCAUUUCAAAGCAUGUAAAGGAACGUCUGAUUGCCAGAAAAGUCCGCAUGGCAUCCUUGGCAGAAGCAAGCAAGAAGAUGGCUGAGCAGCAAAAAGCUGAAGAGUUGGCAGCUGCGGAAAAGAAACUGAACGACAGCUCAGAGCUGGAAGUGUGUGGUCAUUGCCAGGAGCAUUCUGAGGUUGAUCUGGACACGGAUGACGAGGAACUCAUGAAGGAAGCCAAGCUAGUUCAUCUCAAACAUUCCUACCGUCGUGACAGUGAUGACUCCUCAGACUUCGAGGAAAUGGAAGAUGAACAGUCUUUAGUUCUGCAUGACAUGAAACGCCAGUAUCAGAUGCAAAAGCAGCAGGGGGCUUCCCCAGUCCUGCUACAGCAAGCAGCAAACAUUGCUUUGCGGCAGAAACUGGGGCUUCAGGUGGCCGAGCAUCGCCGCAACCGACUGGCCAAGGAGGGAGCAGGGGGAGUCAGCAUGGGACCAGAACCUCACCAUGAAGACUCGCAAGAUGAGAGAGAAUAUGUAGACAGAGACCACUUAGAAGCCAGCACUAGUGAAGGAAGCCCCAGCAAGCUUCCCCUCAUGCAGCUCGCAGAAGAAAUGCAGCAGGAGAGCACUGGGACUUGUUUGGGAUGUUCACGAUCUCCACACCGUCAUGGACAAGGGAGUCCAAGCAGCAAGCCAGCUGUGGAAACUGAGGAGAUUUAUGACUGUUCCUCCCUCAUUCAGCACAUGCAAUCCUCACACAGAAACAGAAUGAUGCAGAGUGACUAUGCAGAGGACAUUCUAAGUCCAGAUGAUGGCAGUUGUCACAGUUCUCGCCUGAGCACCAAGUCUGAGAAGAACAUGGCUGACUUUGAAGGCGAGGAGGCAUUGAGCGAAGAAGAGCUGUCCCAGAUUAACGCUCAUGCUCACUUCAGUGGCUCACAUAUGACCCAGCACCUCUCCUCCAUGGCCUCUUUGUACCAUUCCCAUCUUCCACGCUCUGUGAUCCAUCACCGUCCACAACAAAGGGAAAAGUCCAGUAUUGCCAACUCAGAUUUCACUUUUGAUGAUGUAUGUAAGCAAGGCAACACCUUGCUUUGGGACCUUGUGCAAGAAGAUACUGCUCAUCUGUUACCAGAAGGCCUGGCAGCAGAGGCUGAAAAAGCAUUAUACUCACUUGUGUGUUUCUCCACGGACCGCUGCAUCAAGACAAAGUUCAUUGAGGCCUGCAUCAAUAACAUGGCCAAACACAGAUCGGUUGUUGUUUCACUACGUCUGCUUCCUAAAUUGUUUGCAUCUUUCCAAACAUACCGAGCUGGCAAUGACCCGCAUUCUGUCAUCUUGUGGGCAGAUUUGGAGCUGAAAAUGAUGAACUAUUUCUUCGAUGACCUGGUGCACUUCACAGAACACAGAAAGGCAGACAACAUGCCAGCUAGCUCUCUAUACAGCUACAGAGAAGAGGUACAAGUGCGUCUUACAUUCCUGACGUAUGUUUUCUCCUCCAUGGGUUCACCAGAUAAUUUCAGACUCAACCAGGAGCAGGUGGACUGCCUCUGGAAGUGUCUGGCCACAGACCCAGCCUCCAGCGAUGACUGUCUCUCAUGGUUCUUAAACCAGGCCAAGAGCAAAGACCACCAUGCACUGGGUCUAGAGACAUUCAGACACAUCUUUUUAGAAAAGAUACCACAGCUGAGUCCAGAGAGGAUGACAAUGAUUGGCUUAAAUCUUUUCCAACAUCUUUCCCACCUGGCACGCAUGUCUAACACUUCUCUGAACACCCAGCUGACGGAAGACCAGAUGUGCGGUAUGGACCAGUUAUGGCGAAUAGCACUUCAGGCAGAUAACAAAGAUGUGAGCAUGACAGCCACUCAGUUCCUGAACAACUACUACAUCAACCAUGGUGCUGGUCUCCUUGAUCGUGAGGACAUGUUUGUCUCCCGCUGCAUGGCUAGCCUCAUGGCUACACUUAGCAAAAUCAAAGAGGAUCCAGCACGUUACCUUAUGAGGAUGCAGCGAGGCCUUGUUUUGCUGAAGAACCAUCUAGAGAUGUUUCGGCGUCGCUACGCUUUCCACCUUCGUACCUGGCACCUGGAUGGAAAAGGUGUUGUGUCACACCAGGCUCACUUAGCAGACAAGACUUCAUCACCUAUACGCAUUUUACUGCAGACCACUGGUAUUACAGAAAAGACACAGCUGGACAUGCUGUCCACAGACCUAGUUUCUGAGCUGCGUGCUGAGGUGACCAGGUGGUGGGAGGUUCUUCAGCGUCAGCAGCAGCAGCAACGACAACAGCUUGAUUCUGCUCACAGCCACCAUGGGCAUGGGCUUUUAUCACCUAUACUUGGGGCCAUGCUGGGAGAUGGGCCAAUCCGCAUGAUCACUUUGGGCCAGGAGUUGACAGUUGAUAUGGAUGAAAAAACUCUAUGCGAACUGCAGUUCAAGGACAUGCAGUUGGUGUUUGUAUCAGUGGGAGCUAGUCGGCAACCCAAAAAGCUAGAUGGAUCUGUGCCUUCAUCAUGUUUACCAGUACCAGCCCGGGAUAAGCUGCCUAUGGUGCUGCUUCUGCAGGAACCACAUUUUGACAACCUGUUCACCUUGCUUGAAAAACUCAGUGACAUGUCAAUUGAGCUUCAAGAUUUGGAGAGCCAGGAACAGGCACGACUUCAGGCAGAAGCACGACGUCUGUCACGUAAUGUGUGGGAAUUACUCAUGAUUCUUCCUACCAGUGAGAGCCAUGUGGAGGGAUUUCAGAAGAUCAUCAGUGAUCCAGAAUCAGACAGUGGGGAUGCCAGCAGCAACAUAGACUGGCAGAAGUUGCUUCCCCCUCACAGCCCCCAUCGCCUAUAUUACUCCUUACAGAUUGUGGAGGCCUUGGCUUAUGGUAUGCAGCCUCGGAAAAAAUCAUUGGUGAGAACAGGUGGUGGGGAUGCUUUGGCUUUUGCCUCAGAAAACACCGACAAAGAUAAUACACAGUCAUCAGACUCUGCUUGGAGCAGCAAGUUUGUGGCCAAAGGUGGACUAUCACAUCUUCUAAGUAUCUUUAUGAAUGGCACACUACAGCCUCAAGAAGGGGAUGCUUGGAUUCAGUGGAACCAAGAGUGCUUGGCAUACUUGCUGCGGCUGAUCACACAGUUUUCAGUGGAACGGCAGGAUGUCGAGAAUAGCCAAGAAGAAGCCAACGAUGUGCACGAUUCCCCUCGCAAGAAGAUUCGCAAGAUCCGUGGCAUGCAGGAAAAAAUAAUCAUCCCCAGACUCACCAGAUCAACACUUAAUGUCUUGAACGUGGAAGCAGUUCUGAAAAUUCUCAUGCAGAUCCUCUACGAUGCUGCCCUUCCAGUCGAUACAAAUCAGCUGUACCUUUGCUCCUGGGGAAGAGCUGAAGUGGUGCGCUGUGCACUGUCCUUGCUAGUUUCUCUUGCUUAUUCAUGCGAUGAGGUAUUGGAUCUGCUGGUGGCAGCACCAAACCUGGCAGCUUGGCUCAAACGCCUUACCCUUGAGGCCCCCGAGGUGAGCAGUUCUGAAGCCACUUCUCCAGAGGAACUCCACCAUGUCGUCCCAUUCCAUUACAAUCCGUACGUGCGUAAAGAGGCAUGCAUGGGCCUGUACCGCCUGUGCCUGGGGUGCACAGUUGACAACAAGCAUGGCCAUGGUUUUCUCCAGCCUAUCCUGUCCUGCCUUUUAAGUUUCAUCACGGAUGCUUUGCUUUUCAAACCACAGAAAAACAGUGAGGUUGAUGGGAAGGAGAAAGAACCCUUUGGGCCUGGGUGUCGCAACUACUUCUGGUUGAUUUGCCAUUUUGUUGAUGCCAUGGGCAAGGAAGAGGUCAGCUCUCAGUUGGACACAAAUCUGGACUUUGACAGCUUGAUUGGACAGCUAGCAAACCACAUCGUGACCCGACCAUACUAUGAGACACGACAAGGCUACGAGGAGGAUGAUGGCUUGUGCGGCCUUCUUAACCUUUGCACCGCUAUUCUGAAACACAACCCACCCUUCAAGAACUCUCCAGAAGGCAGGGCUCUGCUGGAGGAGACAUUUCAGUGUUUGUUUGCUCUGCCUUCACCAUCAAAAAGAUACUACCCACGAUGUAAGAGUCAUGCUUCUCGCACCGCAGGCUAUGAUCUGCUGGUGGAACUGUCUAAAGGCUGCAAAGAAAAUUAUUAUCUGCUUCAUUUGAAAAUGAUGUCACAGCACAGCAAAGAUUCGCAUGCUGCCUAUCAGUGGGAUUACUGGCCCCAUGAAGAUGGACGCUCUAAGUGUGGUUAUGUAGGAUUGACUAACCUGGGAGCCACGUGUUAUCUGGCUACCUGCAUGCAACAUCUGUACAUGAUUCCACAGGCUAGAGAGUCUGUCCUGCAGGCAAAGUGUUCAGAGUAUACAAAGCAUGAAGGAACUUUGGUGGAGCUACAGAAGAUGUUUGCUUACCUUCAGGAAAGUGAGCGUAAAGCUUACAAUCCCAAGAGUUUCUGCAAAGUAUACAUGAUGGAUAAACAGCCUUUAAACACAGGUGAACAAAAGGACAUGACUGAGUUUUUCACAGACCUCAUCACCAAGAUGGAGGAAAUGUCCCCUGAAAUGAAAACCAAGAUCAAGGAUCUGUUUGGUGGUGUUAUCACCAACAAUGUUGUUUCAUUGGAUUGUCCUCAUGUGAGCAGGACUUUUGAAGAGUUCUACACAGUCCGUUGCCAAGUGACAGACAUGAAAGACCUAUUUGAGUCUCUUGAUGAAGUAACUGUGAAAGAUAUGCUAGAGGGUGACAACAUGUACACCUGUUCCAAGUGUCAAAAGAAAGUCCGUGCAGAAAAAAGGGCAUGUUUUCGGCGAUUGCCACGAAUACUAUGCUUCAAUACAAUGCGCUACACAUUCAAUAUGGUGACGAUGAUGAAGGAGAAGGUGAACACGCACUUCUCUUUCCCUUUACGACUCGACAUGAGUCCAUAUAUGGAGCAUAACUUACUGGGCCCGGACAAACUAAAAGAGUGUGACACAGAUGACUUCGGCUUUGAGAGUGAGAUGCCCGAGGAUGCUGAGAGCAGCUAUGAGUAUGAGCUGACGGGUGUAACAGUGCACACAGGCACAGCGGAUGGGGGCCAUUACUAUAGCUUCAUUCGGGAUCGCCUGCAUCCGACAGACAGUGGUCAGGAUAAAUGGUUCCUGUUUAAUGAUGCAGAAGUGAAACCUUUCGAUCCAGGCCAAAUAGCAGGGGAGUGCUUUGGUGGGGAGAUGACAAGUAAAACCUAUGAUUCUGUAACUGAUAAAUUCAUGGACUUUUCCUUUGAAAAGACCAACAGUGCCUACAUGCUGUUCUAUGAACGAUGUCUGCCACAGAAAAAUAGCAUAGAAGCUAAAACUGAAGACAAGUGCAAGUUUAACUUCGACCUUUCAAAGGAGCUUGCAGAAUGGAUUUGGAAGGACAAUAUGCAGUUUCUACAGGACAAAAAUCUGUUUGAACAUUCGUACUUUGCUUUUAUGUGGCAGGUGUGUGGUUAUAUUCCUACUCAGCUGCCGAAAGAUGACCACCAGACUAUAUCCCUUAAAGCAGCUCAGCUGUCAACAUCGUUUGUACUUGAGACUCUGAUUCAUUCAAAAGAAAAGCCCACCAUGCUGCAGUGGAUUGAACUACUGACCAAACAGUUUAACUCCUGCCAUGCUGCCUGUGAAUGGUUCUUAGACCACAUGGCUAAUGAUGACUGGUGGCCACAGCAGAUUCUGAUCAAAUGCCCAAACCAGGUGGUGCGACAGAUGUUUCAACGACUCAUCAUUCAUGUUAUUACACAACUAAGAAACGAGCAUGUGGAUCUGUACAUGCAGCCAAUAGUAGCAGGGGAGGAUGGAGAGAUUGAUGUCUCGGAACUGGGUAAUCGCUCUUGUGUCACACGCUUUGUCAAGAAGAUGUUGACAAUUAUUGAACAUGGCGUCCGGCCACACAGCAAGCAUCUGACAGAGUACUUUGCCUUUCUGCUGGAGUUUGCCAAGAAUGGGGAGGAGGAAUGCAUGUUCCUGAUCAACAUAAAUGCCAUAUCCACCAUGGUUUCCUUCUAUAUGGGCCAGAAGGCUCAGGGAGAGAGCUAUGUGGAAAUUCUCUCAGAUGAGGAAGAAGAAGAGGAAGUGUUGACUUUGGCAGAGGAGGCGUAUCGACCUACAUCACUUGAAAAGAUGAUUGCUCUGACAGCCCUGUUAGUGGAGAAGUCAAGGGCCAACGAAAAACAGCUUCACCUCAGCCAGCGUGACUACAACGCUAUCAUUGGCAGCAAGGGCUUCCCCUUCCUGGUCAACCAGAUCCGUGACAAUAUUAACAUUCGCCAGACGUGCAACCUUAUUUUUAGUCUUACCCGAUGGAAUGAUACUCUAGCCAUGGCUAUUGUGAACAUGAUCUUCAGUGCAAUCAGGAAGUUGAGUCCAGAGCAUGCACAGCCAUUUUUCAAGCUUCUAUCCAUGUUAGUAGAGUUUGUUGGGGGACCACCUGGAAUGCCACCCUAUACGCAGUAUGUUCUUCAUCGUCUCUGGGAGCUCACAAAAAUUGCGCCACAGCCAUGUCUGGAGUGGCUGACAACACAAGUGACCCGUAACAAGAUUGCACAGGCCUGGACACUGGACCAGAUGGAUGGCUGGGUGGAACACUAUCUGAUCAGCCACAAUAAUGUUCGUGUCAGAAACUCUGCUGCUUACUUAUUAGUAGCUCUUGUGCCUUGUAAUCAAUUCCGUCAAAGUUUCCGUUCUGGUCGCAACCUCAGUGCACACAAGGAGAUAAUGAUGAGCACAGAUGCACAGAUGGCUCUACAUCAGAUUUAUGAACAUCUGCUGAGUCUGCUGUCACGAGCAAGACUGUAUGUUGAUCCCCAGGUGCAUGGCACCACCAAGCUGGUAUGGUACUUUACAGUGAUGAACUUCUGCGUCAUCUCAAAAACUGAGAAAUUAAUGUUCAGUGAGUAUUUUCUCGACUUGUGGCAACUUUUUCAACCUAAGCUGUUGGAACCCCAGAUUGCCAUGCACCACAACAAGCAGGCACUUCUUACUUUCUGGUACACAGUAUGUGUGGACUGCCCUGAAAAUGUCAAGCUGAUUGUCUCUAAUCCACAUGUCUGUAAAAACAUUGCCUUCAAUUAUAUUCUGGCUGACCAUGAGGACCAGGAUAUCAUGAUGUUUAAUCGUUGUAUGCUCCCCUCGUACUAUGGCUUGCUUCGAAUCUGCUGUCAGCUUUCUCGAGCUUUCACACGUCAGCUGGCUCAGCAUCAGAACAUUCAGUGGGCAUUCAAGAACAUCACACCCUAUCCUUCACAGUACACUGCUGCUGUGGAUGAACUGUACAAGAUGAUGCGGCUGAUGGCUGCACGCUACGCGGACAGUUCAGAGGAAGAGAUACGAGCAGUGAACACUUUCCGCCGCACCACCAUCUGCAUGUAUAUCCAUGACCUCGAGGCUCGAACCCACUGGCAGACAUUAAUCUCAGCUUUCAAGAUUCUCAUCGAUGGGACAGAGGAGUGCAUGCUCCUGAUCUACCAGAAUGGCCUGCAGACUCUAUCAGAGUCAUUUUUCACUCUUCAUGUAAUGUACCAUGAAGCAACAGCGUGUCAUGUGACGGGUGAUAUCAUAGACCUGUUGACUCUACUGCUGCAAGUUCUCAAGACAGCCCGAGAAUGCAUGGACACAAAAGCACCAAGUUCCAGUGAGAUUAAAAAUUUCUUACUUAACUGGAAGGAACGUGGGGAGGUUGUAAAGAAGCUGCUGACACUUCUCAACUCCUACACUCCGCCUGAAGUUCGGCAGAUCUGCUUUGAUGUACUGAAGCAAAUGGUGCUCACCUUACAGCCAGAGAUGAUUUCUUUAUUGGUUCCAUUCCUGUCACAGGCUCACACUGCUUUUCAAGAAAAUAAUGCACGAAAGUUUGGGCAGCACAAAGAGUCACUUGUCCACUCUGGGCCAUACUUUCCAAGAAGAGGGCAAAAACCUUUGCUCAGCAAAUCCAGUAUUCGUCCUCCCCGCCCCCAGUUUCAGAUGCUGCUUCACCCAGGCCUUCUGGAAGCUGCCAAGGGUGUGGAUGAGGCUUAUGAUGCACAGGUGUUUAACUACUUUGUCAGCUACCAUCAGUUGAUAGACACUGUGUCACGUCUGGCCAUUAACAUCAGCAGCUUCACUCAGCCACUUAUCAAUCUGGGUGCAAUGGUUGCCUAUGAGGGUGUCGCCAUUCACUCCCCAUACUUCCCCAAGCUUUGGAAUGAGAUUUACCAUUCAGAUAGUGCAGACCCUGAUCACAGCUUGGUGCAGAUGCUGUGCAAGUCUCGCCCCUUCAUUAACUACUGUGAGGCAGUGCUAAUGGAUGAGCGCCAGUCCCUAAACAACCCUCACAUCUAUACUUUUUUCACAAAAUUCUUCCCUAAGGUGCACCAGCAGGUUCUACAGGACCAGACACGGUCUUUCAUUGACAGUCUCAUUGCCUCCACUGCUGCCGAUAAGGCAGCCCUGGAAAAUACCCGCUCUGAAAAAGAACUGAUAUCAGUUUUCAACAGGAUCAGUGGGGAUGUGCGCACCAUGUUGCUGAUGUUCUCAGUACAGCAUCCCAACAUUGUUAGUCCAGUCUUGCAGCAAAGCCUGCGCUACAUCCUGCGGUUCUGCCGCCAGCAGCAACAGCUGCGUGCACAGGCUGAGCAGAGAGCUGCUGUGGCUAGCAUGGGUGCCGAUGCCUUAAAAUCCAGCAAGCAUCAGGGAGGUGUGAACACUGUUAGCAGUAAAGCUGAUGAUUGUCAGACUGAUGCAGACAGCUCAAAAUCUCAGAGUGAUGGUUCAGAAGAAGAAAGUCCUGAUUCCAGUGGAAAAUCACUGCAGGCCUCCAGUGGUAUGACAGAGGGAUCUGUUGAUUCCAGAUUACAGGACGAUAGUGGGUCGAGCUUGGAGAAAGAAAAGGCUAGAGGGGGAAACAAACUCCACAAUGACAUUUCUGAACUGGGAAUAGAAGUGGAGGUAGCUGGGAACAAGAAAAUCAGUGUUGAUCCUGGGGGUGAUCAGCAACUUGGGGCCAAGCUAUCCAUUGGGAGUGAGGGUGGUCCACCUGGUAUGGCUGAAGACAGUGAAGUGGCCCAUUCCACUUCAGGCGAGUCUCAGGGAGAAUGCUUGGUCUCUAAGAUGGAUAUUUCUGAAUCAGAGGUAGUGUGCGUAGAUGUGAGUGAGGCAUCUGAGUCGGUGGAGGUAUGGUCUACACCAGCAGUUGGUGGAGAGAUGGAACUAGAGCAGAAGAGUGACAGCGUUGAUGAAAGCGAUGAGGCUUCCACAAAAAGACACAUCUCCAGCAUUGUAGGAUCUGAAGUUAUGGAGGGCGAACCCUUCCCAAAGCGACCAAAACUUUUGAAAGAAAAGAAGCCAAGCAACAAGGAGGGGAAUGUUUCUUUACCACUGGCUAAAGAAGAGGAACAUUGUCAAGCAGACAGCGCCUCUAGUCCUGCCCCCAGUGCAGGAGAGGUGCCUGAAUGUGGUCAGUCAAGCUGUUCACAACCAUUUAGAUCUAGCCCACAACCACUGGCCAGUUCCCCUUUAGGCCAGUCCAGUGAAGAACACAGCCCGGGUCCAGAGAGUUCUGAAACAUCGAAGGGUCCAGCCAGUGGAAGAGGUCAUGCACUUCACCCCACUGACCUAGCCCAUUCCCCAUCAGGGGCCUGUAGCCAACCGGAUGUUGCGCCUGAAGACCCUGUCCCCAGUACCUCCUCCGGAGGAUCAAUAGAUCAAGCUGCCACCAGCAUGGAAGGGGAAGAAGGAAUCUGUACAUCAGGCAGUGGCACUGUGAGCAGCCGUAACCAUGGUGACAUGUUUGAUCGGGUGGCUUAUCUGAUUGAGACUCUACUAGGCUUUUUGGAAAGGACAUCUUGAUGAGUGAGUGGGUUAUAGCAGCCAGUGGCAGCCCCUUUCUUUCGAGCAUGUUAAUGGGGGCCACAUUUUGUGACCAAGUGGUUGUGAUGUUAAAGAGCUGUGUCAAUGUGGCAGUUAUCUGUGCACAAAAGGUGGGGGUCCUGUUGCCUUCGCAGGACAUUAUAAAGCGGGUAUUUCUUUUCAGUGACACAAGCAAAUCUUAAGAACAUUAUCAUGUGAGGUUAUAAUAUAUAGUAUGGAUGUUACAGUUAAGCAUGCUUUGCCCUUCUCGGGGAGCACUUCAUUGUACUACUAAUCAUAAAGACUUUGCUGGAUCAUCCACAACUUGAUGUAUUUUUGGGUGAUUACAGCACAAAAACAAGCAGCAUGGCUUGUAGUUGCUCAAAGCCUUGAAAUGCCCUUAAAUAUCAAGAAACAUCUUUUUUGUGUUUUAGCUUGUGUCUGAGUACACAAAGACCACCAUUUCCUCUUCCCCUGAUUUUAAUAGGGAGAGAUAACUUUUUUUUCCGCUCUCCCUGCAUAAGUGCUAGUCAGAAUAUUACAGAAUACAUUUGAGCACAUUCAUCAUCUCAUCAUUGCAGGGACUGUUAGAUAUUUGUACAAGAUCCUUGAGCCUCUGUAUCUUGAUUGUAUAUGCCCCCCCUUUGUUAAUGUUUGUUCUGUCUUUAUUGUAGCUAUUAAAACUAUUUAGAUAUUAUUUCUUUGUGUGCCCAAGCAAAUGUGCUGGAGUAAAAUGUAAAAUUUCUGUUCAGGUAAGAAACACAAAUUAAGUGAACUUGCUUAGUGAAUAAGCAUCUUGUGAAAUACGCUGUGGCAUCUGCCCUUGUGGUUGAUGCAUUCCAUUGACAAAAGGCCAGCAUCAGUCUUCUCCCAACAUCACUGGCUGCUGACCCACUGAUUCACUGUUUUGUGUGAAUUUUGUCAUGUUAUGUUAGGGUUGAAUGUUGGUAUGCCUUUGGCUCCAGAACUUUAAUUUGAUUCCCCACUGUAUUUUGGAAAGCAUUAGCUCUCAGUUUUUCCCAGGAUCAUUUUUCUUAAGUGUUUAGUGCAAGUAAAUCUUGGAAAGAGACACUUAAGACCACACAGAUAUAAAGUUUGCUUUCUUGUAGGAAUUGUUCCUUCCGAUAGAAAACUUUAUAGAUAUUGCAAAUGCAAAAGAAAUAUGUUGUAAGACCAACUGGAACAACCAUAUGCAAAAACCUGGCAAAAUCAUCUUACUGCUACUGUCAAAGAUCCUUGGAAGUCUGUGGUCAGAGCAGGCUGACCACAAUGUUGCAUUAGUAUUUCAGGGUUUGUAUUUAUGAAACACAUUUACCCAGGCUGGGUAAAUCUGCUAGCUGCAGGUAGCAAAUCAAACCAAAGUGAACACAGAAUUUAGAGACCUUGUAAAUAAACUGGGCAAAUAUGGUUGCAAAUGUUUGUCUAUGAGUAAAUUGUUGAUGCAUGGGAAUACCAAAAAUUAAAAUGUAAGCAUCAAAAAGCAGUUUUCUAGGUAGUGGGACUUGGUUGGGUCAGCAGCUGGGAAAAUCUGCCUAGCAGCAAAUGGGCAUCUGAUUUUUCAGUACAGGUUAAGUGUAGCAAAAGGGGGAGUGCAGAGCUCUGCCUUCCACAUGACCUACCCUUAGCCACACUGCAAAAUGCAAGAAGACAUGGCUAAAGGGUGCGGACAUUCACACCUCUCGUCAAGAGGCUCUGACUGCACAGACAUUGAAUAAAGAAAUUCAUGGUCCCUUAGACCGCUAGCAUAUGGGAAUUUGCCCUUCAAAUAAACUUUUUUUUUGAAAAGUUACAAAAUUUGUUUUAAAACUUAAAGGAAAAACAAGUUUUCAUUUCUCUUUGUUUUGAAGAGAAAGAAGGAGCAAUAUUUUGGGGUUGAGAUAUAAGUGUCUGCAAAUAAUAAGAAUAAGAUUGCAAACAGAGAUAGAAAAUACUGAGAAAAUUUCUUCCUGGGGUUAUAAGAAGUUUUGCAUUGGUAGCAAACAGAAUGAUAACAGAUUUGCAAAGCAGCACAGUGGGUCAUCAGGUCGUGUGCACAGUUUGAUCUCUGCCCUUCAUUCACAAAAUCAUCAGCAUAGGAAGCCACAAGUGACUGCUUUGAAACCAAGCGUUGAUAGGAGUACAAAUAGUCAGGUUUUUUCUGCUUUCAUGUUUAAGUUAUAGAGGAGCAAAUGAAUCAACUUUACUUCUUUUUUUGUUUUUGGAAAGGGUUAUUUUGUGGGGAUAUUUUGAGAGGCAGAAUGUGAGCUUUUUAAAAUAUGUGUAUAAUUCCCAUUUUGCACCAUAAACCACUAUUGAUCACUUGACAUUAUGUUGUACAAGAGAUUUCCUGUGCAGAUGCUUCGUGGUCUGUGUAUGGCCAUGCCUGUGUGUACAUUAUGCACUAAAUAAACUUUUCAAGCACAGAGAAAGCAGCUCUAACACUGUUUUAUAUAAUGUGACUUAAACAUGAAAAGAAAAAGAGUGAUAGCCCUUGUCUUUCGUGUUUUGCAGAGAAGAGUAGUAUAACACCAGUUUGUUGAACAUUUCCUUGCAUUAGAGACAAUGUCUUUAGAGAAAUAAAUCUGUCGAUGGAUCAGACAGGCUCUUAUGUAUGAACGCUUGUAUUUGUGAAAGAUAGAUGCUGGCUAAGAAAGUGAAGUUAAAGGAUGCUGUACAGUAGAUAAGGUGAGAUGUGCAUGGAAACAAGCAUUGGACUUUUUCCACAGAAAAAGUAUUGGUGUUAUUUAUAGGAUCACUACACAAGUACCCGUCAUGUGCUUUUCUUGCAAUCUUGUCCUGAAGUAACUGUGCCUCAUAAGUUGUAGACAUUAAUCCGCUGUGGUUUACUAUACUGUCUCUGCAUUUUUUGUGAGUAAAGCAUUUUGGAUUCUUGAGUGUGUAUCCCUACCCCCCACCAAAAAAUCAAAGUUUGUGCUGCUUGAAGUGAACUUUUCAGACUGUAUAUUUAUGUCUCUGGCAAAGAAUGAACAUGUACAUUUGCUGUAAAUUAUGUUUAUUAUGUAUGUUUCACCUGCAGAAAGUGUGGUUUCAUAGGAUAACUAUUUCAUUGGUGAACUUUCAGUGAGGCUUGCAAAACUCCUUCGGUGAGGUUAUGGUUACAAAAUGUGCAUCUUUUAUUUAGCUUUUGGAAUUAAAGCACUGGCUCAAGAAAUGAGCUGCCACUGUUAGCACCCAAGUAUAUUUUUAGCAUGAUUAGUAUCCAGAGUAGUUUGUGGUUACCAUUAAGCUAAUACUGCUUGAUAGACCCUGCCUGUGUACUGUAAUGGAACUGGAUGAAGCCACCAGAUAACCAUUUUAACACCACCAGUCCCCUUAACUGGCAUGGAUUGUGAACAAAUUGGCACCCACCUCUUCAUGUUGGAAAUGAAAGCAGGCCAAGAACUAGUAGUUCAAGAAAACAAAAUGUAUGCAGCAUUGACAAUUCACAAAAAAAGUACAGUGAAAGGAUCUUCCAAAUACUGUCACUAUCACCAUUGCAGUUCCAAUAGGGUGGUUAAUUGGCUUCAUGCAGAACCAGCCAGAGUCUAUUAGUUUUAGAUAAGUGGUACUGACCUUUGUUUUUCCCUGAAGAGCCCACAGUGUGAAGUAUGGCAUCAGGAGCCCUAACAUCAAUUCUGCUUUUGUACUUGGGGGAUUGUACAAAAUUUCGUAUCUUCUUUCUAUUCAUAAAAGUGCCUUUUGUGACGAUGGCUUAUAGGCAAUGUGUUAAGUAUAUGGGCACUUUUAUUUAUGGUGAAGAUGAUGGAAACACUUUCACAACACAAGCUUGGGGUACCUGAGAGAAGGGUAUUCAAAGAAUGUUAUCCAGUCGUAUUUCUCCCCCACACCCCCAGCCUUAGUCUUUCAGUGUUCCCAAAGGCAGAUGAAUGGUUGAAAUAAAGGCUCAUUAUCUAUCCAAGGUUGUGGUUGUCUAAUGAAAGAUAUAAUCAGUAGGGCUUUCUUUUUUCCCAGCAUUGUGUUAAGGAGAAAUAUUUGUUAACACUGUUUAAAACACACCAGUGUUAGGUCCUAGGUUACAAUAAUUCUGUGUGCAUGCAAUUUGCUCCUAAUACAUUUGUAGAACAUUGAGGGCAGAUCUUUUUGUUUCCCCCACCUAAAAUCGAGCAUAUGCUCAGCUGAUCAUUUGAUGUAUUUUAUUCCCUCAGUUUGUGUAAAUUGUUUCAUCACUUUAGAGCUCUCUACUGCAAAGAGGAGUCCGAUAUGCUAAAAUGAGAGAGAUGAUAGAGUGAAACCUUUUGGCGUGUAUGUGCUAUUGCAGCUGUUCAUCGGCUCAUAAUAAACCAACACAUCCUGA